AUCACAAUCAUCUUAUCAUUAAAUAAGAAAACAAUACCACAACUAUUUAGCAAUCAUUAGCACGUUGUUCCUUAGUGGAAAUUAACCAGCGAGAUGAGCACUGUUGAAGAAUCAGAGAUAGGGGCCGACGUAGAAGUAGCCAUCACGUUUAAGGAUUUAGGUGUAACAGAUGUGUUAUGUGAAACUUGUGAAUCAUUAAAAUGGAAAAAUCCUACUAAAAUACAGAAAGAGGCUAUUCCAGUUGCAUUGCAAGGCAAAGACAUAAUUGGCUUAGCUGAGACUGGAUCUGGAAAAACAGGCGCUUUUGCUAUUCCUAUUUUACAAGCAUUACUAGAAAAUCCUCAGCGAUAUUUUGCUCUUAUUUUAACACCCACAAGAGAACUUGCUUUCCAAAUAUCUGAGCAAAUAGAAGCAUUAGGAUCAAAUAUUGGUGUAAAAUGCGCCGUUAUUGUUGGUGGUAUGGAUAUGAUGGCUCAAUCAUUGAUGUUGGCUAAGAAACCUCAUAUUAUCAUUGCGACUCCAGGUCGUCUUGUUGAUCAUCUUGAAAAUACUAAAGGAUUUAGUUUACGAAAUUUAAAAGUACUUGUAAUGGAUGAAGCUGAUAGAAUUUUGAAUAUGGAUUUUGAAGAGGAAGUUGAUAAAAUAUUAAAAGUCAUACCUCGUGAGAGACGAACAUUUUUAUUUUCUGCCACAAUGACAAAAAAAGUACAAAAACUUCACCGUGCAUCUUUGGUUGAUCCUGUUAGAGUAGAAGUAUCUACUAAAUUCCAAACAGUUGAACAACUGCAUCAAUAUUAUAUUUUUAUUCCGGUUAAAUAUAAAGAUGUAUAUUUAGUACACAUAUUAAAUGAAAUGGCUGGUAAUUCAUUUAUGGUAUUUAUGGCUACUUGCAAUAGUACUAUACGUGUAGCUUUGCUAUUAAGAAAUUUAGGAUUAGAUGCUAUACCAUUACAUGGACAAAUGACUCAAAAUAAGCGAUUGGCUGCACUUAAUAAAUUUAAAUCAAAAUCUAGAUCAAUACUUAUAUCAACUGAUGUUUCUAGUAGAGGUUUAGAUAUUCCACAUGUUGAUGUAGUAAUUAAUUUUGAUAUGCCAACACAUAGUAAAGAUUAUAUUCAUCGUGUAGGGCGAACAGCUAGAGCAGGGAGAUCAGGAAAAGCUAUUACUUUUGUAACCCAAUAUGAUAUUGAGUUGUAUCAAAGAAUAGAACAACUUAUUAGUAAAAAAUUGCCACUAUAUCAUGUUGAAGAUGAUGAAGUGAUGUGUCUACAAGAACGUGUGUCUGAAGCACAAAGACUUGCUAAGAUGAAUAUGAAAGAUUUGGGUGACAAAAAAGGAAAGAGAACACUUGACGAUGAUGAAGAAGGUGCAAUGGGUGUUAGAAGAAAAAAUAUUAGUAAACACAAAGGAAAUAAAUCCAAAAAAUUUAAAAAGAAAUAAAAAAUGUUUGUACUUU